GCAAGAUGGCGUCCGCCCGUGAUGGGUGCCCGAGCUCCCGCCUGGCGCGCCGAGACCCGCCGGCGCGGCCACCGCGGGACGGUUACGGAGUCUACGUUUACCCGAAUUCUUUCUUUCGAUAUGAAGGAGAAUGGAGAGGAAGCAGGAAACAUGGUCAGGGCAAACUUCUGUUUAAAGACGGGAGUUACUACGAAGGCGAGUUUGUGGACGGAGAGAUCACGGGAGAGGGCUGCCGGCACUGGGCCCUGACAGGGAACACCUACACCGGACAGUUUGUUUUGGGAGAACCCCAAGGACACGGCGUCAUGAAGUACAAAGCCGGCGGACGUUACGAAGGGGAGCUCUUCCGCGGCCUGAGAGAAGGACAGGGGCACCUGGUGGACGCAGAUGGACAAGUGUACUGGGGGUCGUUUCACAACAACAAGCGGCACGGCCAAGGGCGGAUGGUCUUCCGGAACGGAGAUGAGUACGAGGGCGACUGGGUCCGGGACCAGCGCCAGGGCCACGGGACGCUGCGCCGUGCGGACGGCUCCAUCUACGAGGGACAGUGGCACGGUGACGUGUUCAGUGGACAGGGCAGCAUGACCCACUGCUCCGGGGGCGUCUACCGAGGGGUGUGGAUCAAUGGCCACCCCAUGGCACAAGCCACAGGGAUCGUGAUUUUGGGUCCGGAGGUGAUGGACGUGGCCCAGGGAUCUUCCUUCACGUUGACCAUUCAGCUGCAGCGGGACGAUGGGGAAGUUGCCACGGGUGAGCACGGCCGGGUGGUGGAGAUCUCCGCGGGUAUCCGAUACGUGCAGCUCCCAGCCUACUCGGAGGUCAGCUUUUUCAAAGUGGACGAUGGUCACAGAGAGACACCCAUCCAGACCCCGUUCGGGUUCCAGUGCAUCUCCUACCCUCGGUCCGGCCCCAAGUCCAGGGCCCUGGAGCCCAGAGCUGCCCUGGAGAGUGCCGGCGCCAACUCCCCACUCCCCGAGGGAGACCCCUGCGACCUGCAGAUGGGGGCCCUGGGAGGUGGGGAGGAGACUCCUGGUGGAUGUCUGGCCAGGGGACACAAGCCCCGCUGUCCUGAGGACCGUCGGCCAGCAGAGCGAAGCUGCGCCCAGUUCUCUGACGUCCGCCUCGGGCCCCCUGCACCCGGGUACCACCCCAUCCUGUUCCUGGACAGCCUCCGCGAGGUGGGCAGCAGGCCCAGAGGCCUGGGCUGCAGGAGGACGACGCCCACAGUGCAGGACCCGCCAGGAGACAGCAGGCCUGACAGGGUGGUCACGGCGGAGCUGGCAGCAGCAGCCUUCCCAGGGGGGUGUGUCGUCGUGAUCCGUGACAUGACCACCCCUCCGUUCCCGGGCCACACGCUGCCCGCUGCCUUCAAACACCUUCGGGUCUCGGCGCAGGGCUCGGGCCAGCAGCCCCACGUCCCUGGAGGCAGCCCUGCAGCCCCGAGCUAG